UUCGGUAUGCCCCGUCUCCUGCGCGUCGUCCCCCAACCCCCGAUACCCACUUUCUCUUCUCUGUAAAUUUUUUUCCGUCGCCACCCACGCCGUCUGCCCUCUGUUUUCCGUUGGUCUGCUGAACACCGAAGGGCUUCAAGGAAAUUCCAAUUUUACAUCUAGCUUUUGGUCCUUUAGAAGGCAAAUACAGUCGUGGGUAGCUUUUGCAGGAUAUCUUGGAUGGGCUGAAAGUGGUCCUUCAUCUGUUCUUGUCGGACACCCAAUGAGCUUUCAUCCCCAUUUGGCAGGUUCUCAAUUAUGCUUCGAUAUCAAUAAAUGUAUCAGAUUGCUACCUGGGGUUUUGAAUGCUAGGUGCAUGGUGACCAUAGAGAAGGGGUGUUAUGGUGGUGCAUUGAACAGCUUAUAUGGGAUUUCAAUUUAGGAGCAGGAAAGGAAAGACGAUGGCAGAAGAGGAGCCAAAGCUGUUCGCUUACAUACCGGAGAUAAUAUUGAAGAAAAGAAAGAGCAAUGAAGAAUGGGCACUCAAGAGGAAAGCCCAGUAUGAAGAGAGAAACUCUUUGAUCAGGAAGAAAGCCAAGUAUGACUUCAUCAGAAUGCCUGAGGACUUCAUCAAAGAGUACCGCGCUAGGGAAUUGGACCUCAUCAAGAUGAAACAUAGGGUAAAGAGGAAACGACCGACAUCUGUGCCAACAAAAUCGAAACUGCUUUUUGUCAUUCGCAUACAUGGGAAAAGAGAAAUUCAUCAAAAAACGAGGAAGGUCUUGUACAAUAUGGGAUUGAGGUCAACGUUCAGUGGUAUAUUUGUGAAGGCAAAUGAAGGGAUUAUGGAAAAGCUGCAAAGAGUGGAGCCAUACGUCACAUAUGGAUACCCAAAUCUAAAGAGCAUUAAGGAGCUGAUUUACAAGAAGGCUUAUGCAAAGAUAGACAAGCAGCGGGUUCCCCUCACAGACAAUAACAUCAUUGAACAGGCAUUGGGGAAGUUUGGCAUCAUAUGCAUCGAAGAUAUUGUGCACGAGAUCACUAAUGUUGGUCCACAUUUCAAGGAGGUUACUAGUUUUUUAUAUCCCUUCAUAGUCAAGAAGCCAGAAGGAUUGCAAGGAAACAAAAUGUUAUACAAGGAAGGGGGAGACACUGGGAAUCGUGAGGAUCACAUCAAUGAACUAAUCGGUAAGAUGAAUUAGUUCUAAUAAAGCAUAUAUAAACUAAAUACACUAAAAAAGCUGGAAUGUAGCUUAUCAAGUGCCCCUCAAAUGACCUGCUGUCUGAUGUAUCACAAUUUUGAAGCUGCUGUUAAUUUGGUCUGGCUAAUUGAAUGGUAUCAAUUUUUUUUUUCUUCGUUUCAACUUCUAUUGAACUUGCUGGGAAGAGAGUUGUGAAAAUAUAUGUAUCAGGAUUGAUGAAA